ACUCCCCGGUCGUAAAAACAGAGAGACGAGCCCCUGUCAUUUUACGCACGCUCCCCUUACUCACUCCUAUCAACCAACUCUCUGGCUAGAGUACCCUCUCUCUCUCUUUCCCUCUCUCCCUGUCAACAUUGUAUAUACUACUAUCGGCGUGGACCGUGAUACUCCACACAUGUGAUCUGUUAUCCUCCGUGCUCAUAUAGUGCACUGGAAGUGACCUAUUUUGCUUCAGUCUUGCAUUGGCUGUCCUAGGAGUAACUCACAACUUUUUCUCCUCUCUCUUGUUUGAAAUCCAAGUGUUCUGUGAACGUGAUGAGCCAUGUCCGAGCAAACUUAUAGGAUGUUCCUUUUUCUCUUUUAGUGCGUACUUGAGCAAACAUUUUGGAUAUCAAGCAGAGCUUUUUCAUUCAGCUAUUGUUAUCAAUUCUAUUGUGGACCACUUCUACUGCUAUCAUUCUAUCUAAAUUUUAGUCAGAUUUUGGGAUUGCGCUGGAGCAACCGACACAAGCGGAAGGCCGCUACCAUUUCUCUAUUAAAGGCUGAGAAUCCAGGAAAAGUUUCAUCAUGAUUGUGAUGGUGUCGGCGGUAGGUACUGCCUUAUGCGCAGUCUACUAUCUCAAAGAACGUUACGACUAUCAGGUUCGAAAGCUACCACCAGGGCCAACUUCAAUACCCUUCAUCGGUGAUGUCCUAAGCAUUAAUCCAAAGUCACCGCACCUUUCGCUCAGUGAGCUGGCAAAGACCUACGGGGAUAUCUUCAGCAUUAAGCUAGGUUCAGAACGUGUUGUCAUCCUCAAUAACGCAGAACUGAUCAAGACGGCGUACAGAGGCGUCGACAUUUCCCACAGACCGGAUCUCUUUUGCAUGGACGUUUUGGCGGGAGGGAAGGGCUUCCUCACGUGUAAAGACGAAGUCCAGAGACAGUUGCACAUGAAGAUCUGCCGCCAGGCGAUGCGGGUCGUGAACAACUCUGACAUGGGGGACAAGAUUCUCCACGAAGCCAACGAUCUUGUGAACCACUUCGCGGCACAGAACGAGAAGCCAUUCGAUCCGCAGUGCGAUCUCCACAUAGCCUCACUUAACAUUCUCUGUAACUUUGUCUUUGGGGAGCGCUACGAGCACAAUCACCCGGAAAUGAGGGAGAUUCUAGAAUUUUCGGCCGAGAUUUCCAAGCUGCUUUCCCCCAUGCACCCGGUCAAUGCCAUGCCUUGGUUGAGGCACUUCCCAAACAAAUGGUUUGCCAGCCUCUUCAAGGCUCGCGACCAGAGGGACAGAAUUCUCAUGAAGAAGUAUGUGGAGCAUGUUGUAACGUACAAAGCAGGAAAGAUUAGGGAUAUGCUGGAUGGACUUCUUGCAGAAACAACGGAAGCAGUUGCAGAAAACAACAAACAAGCAGUAGCUCUUCUCACACCGGAGCACAUUAUCAUCAACAUGUGGCUUAUCUUCUUUGCUGGAUCUGACACUGUCACAAACACGCUCCAGUGGAGUCUCCUUUACAUGGCUGUGUUCCCCAAGAAGCAAGCGAAGGCACAGGAGGAAUUGGAGAGAGUCAUCGGCCAAUCAAAGCGACUCUCGCUUGAACACAAAUCGCAGCUUCCAUAUCUCCAAGCAGUCAUCAAUGAAGUUCUUAGGUACAGUUCACUCACCAUCCUAGGUGUUCCACAUGCAGCAGCACGGGACACUGAGAUCAAUGGGUACUUCAUCCCAAAAGGAACAUCUGUCAUGGCAAACUUCUGGUCAGUACACCACAAUGGAGAAGCAUGGGACCAACCCGAAGAGUUCCUUCCAGAGCGCUUCCUCAACGACCAAGGUACGCUGAAAGAACCAUCCCAGAUCCCACACUUCAUGCCAUUCUCCGUCGGCAAGAGGCGUUGCUUGGGCGACAAAGUGGCCAAGGCAGAACUCUUCCUCAUGCUAGGGCGACUCCUGCAGGAGUUCUUCUUCGAGAUGCCUCAGGACGUCGAGGCAGAUCUCCAAGGAGAGGCUGCAGUGUCGCUGAUCCCAAAACCCUACAAGAUCGUCGCAAAGAAGCGCCACAUCCUCCAGCCUGAGACAAUAUAAAAGAAUCAUUCUGCAGCAGUCCCAGGAUGUCGAGGCCUAUCUCUGAGGAAAGACCAGUGUCCCUGAUCACGAAAACCUACAAGAUCGUCGGAAAAAAGCGCCACAUCCUCCAGCCUGAGACAAUAUAAAAGAACCAUUCUGCAGCUGCAAGAUAGGGAAUUCCUUCUCAUUUGAGACCACCCCAACAAAACAAUGAAAUGGACAGUAAAGAGAGAUCUGCUAUGAACUCCAAUGACAAUCAACCAGGAUUUUAAUUAAAGCAAAACAAAGCGGAGAGGUAUCCAAGGAGGACUGGAUGUCCUUUGCAUCUCUAAAAGAAUAUAACUUGAAACUGAUUAGAGAGAGAACUUUAAUUCUUAAAAUCACAGACCAUCACCACAUUGAAAAGGUGGAGUGGGAAUAUCAUAAUACUUUGUACUUGCAGCCAUUCUUGUUUCCUUAUGAUAUGAAUAACAAUUUGAUUGGAAAGCGAAAUGAAGUUGAUCUUUUUAGAAAAAAAAAUGAAAUGAAAGGUUGUAAUGAAGCACAAAUAUUCUAUGCAUUCAAAUAUCUACACCUUGUUAUUACAGCAAACAUACUGCUGUUUUUAGUUUGAAAAUGUUGUAUUCGGCUAAUAUCAUAUUUCAAUCACAGAUAUGAAUUUAGAAUAAUUAUACGAUCACUCACAAACAGCUACAUGUAUACGUAUUCUUAUGCAAUUUUCCACUGAUAUAGCCAUCUUGAACCACCACCUCCCUUAAAUUAAGUGAUUUGCAGAAUUAAAUUUGUUUAUUCCACCAAAAAAAGAACAAGUAAGGUCAUCUAAACUUCCAGGAAAAUGGGGAAUUUCGGUUUGCGCAGUCGAAACAGUAUUUCUGCAUACACACGUGAUUAUAAUCGGUAUGGAAAGUGUAUGUCUUCAUCUUCUUCUCUAGUAUAUUAAAAAAAUGGAUGUAUUCUAUCAAUUGGCAGCUAGGACUACACUUCUAUUUUGGAAAAACAUCAUAUAUUUAGCAACUUAUUUUUGUACGAAACAUAUAUAUUCCUGUAGAUCAACAUGCAAGAAUUCAAACCGGGGAUGGGUAUAUCUGUUUAUGCAAUUUGUAUUCAGUUGUAAUGGGGGUAUCUUAUUAAAGGAAAUUUUUUACGCUUAAAUGUUUGUGGAUGUAUUCAGGUCCCUACAAAAGAAUAUUUUUGGACAGAUAAAAAGACGGCAGUUUUUGCUCUGCUCCGGCUUAUUUUUAAAGUAUAUACUACCAUGUUUGAAAUAUUUUAUCAGUACUCUUUGUAUAUUAUGGUUAUUAAAGUAUGUACAUCUAUGUUUGAAAGUGAUUGAUUUGCAUAUUCCUAUGAAAAUGUAUUCAGUAUUGUGUUCAUUUUAGAAGUCAAGUUUUCGUGAUAAUUUCUUCAAAAAAUGCAGGCGUAUCAACACCUACACUGUAUUCAACUUGCAUCGCUCAGAAGAUGUGAGUUAUCUAAUUAUUUGAAGAAAAAAAGAGGUAUUUACUUGUUUGAAUUCAAAUCUCCAUGCAUCCUGUAUAAAAACAUUUUACUGCCUAAUAGGAGAGAUGGUCAACAAAAAAUUAUGCAUAUCUAUAUAUAUAUAUAUAGUGACUGUGUAAAAUAAAACAUACAAAUUAUGUAAUUUUAUCAUAUGACUUGUAUAUAUUGAGGUGUAUUUAAUCCGUUGUACAAACAAAUUUGCCUUGAAUAUUAUUGUAUAAAAGUUUACAACUUUUUUUCUCAUUCAUGCUGAACAUCAUGUAUAUCAAUAUGAUGUGAAUGUUACUGCCUUGAUACAAAAAUAUAUCAUUUUAUUUUGGAAAUAGUAUUACUUUCUUUCUCUUUCUUUCUGUCUGGCCUCUCUCUCUCUCUCUCUCUCUCCCACACACACACAAACACACAUUUUCUCUCACUAUCUCUCUCUCUCCUUAUGGUUUUGUUUCUAUACAUCUCUCACUCUGUCUGUCACUCUAUCAUUUACCCUUCUUUAGUCUUCUCUUGAGACUUUUCUAUUUCACCGCAUUCAUGUUCCACUCUCUCUGCCUAUUCUUCCAAGAGUAUUUAAAAGUAAUUAAGCAUAUCGGUAAAAUAAAACGUGUUAACUCUUGGGUAGAGGCUAUUGUUUGGCUAACGCUCCGGGUGAACUGUUGAUUGGCUUUUAUGUAAGUGAUGGUGAUAUUAAAAUCAAUGAG